UCCCGGAAAACCGGGAACGAGCGCUUCCCCUCCCAGAUCCCGCGGUCUCCCAACUCCGGGGAUGAGACGAAGGAGAACGAGGCUUUUCCAGGGAAAACGGGGAUUCCCAGGAGGUUGGAGAUCUCCCCGCUCCAGGGGGAACAUCCCGGGAAACCAUCCCUGAAAACCUCCUCCCAGCCCCACGUGCCCGUGGGCUCUUUUUACGGGAAAGGGAAGCACUACCUGGAUCCCGUGGAGAGGAGGAAGCUCCAGGAGAUCCAGGUUUUGGGAACGAGGAGCGGGGACGGGAACGCGGCUCCGGGCAGGACGGAGAAGAGCAGUGGGAAUCGGGGCGGGAAUCGGGGCGGGAAUCCCAAACCCAAGGCGGCCAAACCCGCCCCGAAUCCCAAAGGUGGCCGGGGCUUCCCGAAGAAACCCAAGGCGGAGAUCCCGGCGGGAAAGGCGGAGAGGGAAACCGGGAACCGCCUCGUCCGGAAAAAGCUGGAUUCUCCCUUCCGGGUGCUGAGCAUGAGGGUGAAACCCGCCCUGAAGCUCCGGCUGGGAGCGGCUUUUUUCGCCGCCGGGAAGAGAUCCCACUCCAGGAAAAACCCCGGAGACUCCAGGGCCAUCCAGGCCCUUCCCAAAUCCCCGGGUGGAGGAGAAAACCCCCCGGAGGAGGAGGAGGAGGAGGAGAGGGGGGCGAGGGGAAGGAUUCCCGAGCCCCCCCGGGAGGAGGGCAGGGAGAACAGGGAGAGCCCCGGGAAUCCGGGAGAGCCGGGACACGGAGGGGAAGCGUCUCCACGGAAAACUGGGAAUGCGUCCCGCGCUUCCGGAGCGGAGGGAGUCGGGACGGUGAAGUCACGGAGCAGACACGGCAACACUGCUCCCAAACCGGGCUGGAUUUCGGGGACUUUUCCGGGAUUUCGACACUUGUUUUGCUGGAACCUGGAGCUGCUGGUCCUGAUCCUGAUCCUGGGCACGGACACGGCUCCGGGGG